CAAAGCACACAUGCCCCUCUCUCUCUCUCUCUCUCUCUCUUUUUCUUCUGUGAGAGUCCCUCUUUUGGGAGGCCUAAAUCACAAGUUUUUAAGUACUCCGACAGCAGCAAAGGCUUUGGUAAUGGUGUAAAGCCUUUAAGCACUGCCACACCUUUCAGUACAGUCCAAAGCUCUCUCUGAAACUGCAUUGCUAUGACCAAGAAGAACCACGUAAACAUGGUGUAAGCCUGCUAGAUUUGGGAGUUGAGAAGAAAAAAAAAAAAGAAAAAAAAAAAAGGAAAACAACGAGAAACACGAAAAUGGUGGAAGAAGAAGGGUAUGCAUGGGCACCAAUAGGGGCUCCUUUGGACAACGUGCAGAGAGAGGAGCCCUUGAGGCACUUCGACAACUCGGUCAAUGCUGUGUCGUUCGGGUUCGUUGCUACCGCCAUUCUCAUCUCUAUGUUCUUGAUCAUGGCCAUCUUUGAGAGAUUCCUCAGACCCACCUCGCCGGCGCUCUCACCGUCCAGUGGCCGCAAUCACCGUGACCUUGAGUCCCAGAUGGGCUUCAAUGCAAAGCUUGGUCACCCAUCUCCCAAAAUGACUGUGUAUGCUAGUGGGGUUUCUGUAUUGAUGCCUGGAGAUGAUGUUCCUACCUUCAUUGCACACCCAGCCCCCAUGCCAUGUCCUCCUGCACAGUUUUUGUGGCCUCCCCAGCAUCAUAUUUCAUUGCCAGAUCCCGACUCAAACACCAACUUGAGCACAAACUCAAGCUCAAGCUCGUUAGGAGGAAACUAAACAUGUGAAUCACAUCAAGCCCAAAUCAUGAUCAUGCACUCAGACUAAGAGUUUACUCCCUGGAGAAGCAUGGCCAGACAGUAUUCAAGGUUGCACUUUUUUCUUUUUACCCAAAAGCUCUUGAUUUGUGUAUAGCAUUAAUGGUCAGGCUGGCUUUGGCAUAUGGGCCACCUUCAAAUUUGCAGACUGACUACCAUCCAAGUGCACCUGGCAUUACAUAUUUAUCUUAUAAUUUUCAGAUA